UCCCCAUUUUCUCAUUUACCAAACAACUCCUUUUAUUUUCUUCUUCCCAACCCCAACUUUCUCUCUAAAUUUUGAUUUCCCUCCACUUUCUUUCCUAACAAACAAAAGGUUAAACCAUAGACGCAGACGAUGCUCAUUGUGGAGAAGCAACCAAAGAGAGUGUACUCUAGGGAGGCUAUGGAGGCUUUGAGGUUUGCCGACAUGGAUGAACACAGGAAGAAGAUGUGGAACCAUGUACUAACGGAGCUCAAUUCUGACGGCAUUCAUAUCUUACGAAGCUCUCAGAAUCAUAAUGAAAUUCAAAUCACUUCUGAUAAUCAGCAUCAAAGCAUUGGAGAAGAUGAUGAGUCUCCUACAAUUCUCGUGGAUGAACUUGUUAAUACUCGUGGGGGAGAAGGAACUAAGAAGAUUUACUCAAGGGAGGUUAUGGAGGCAUUGAGGUUUGUUAACGCGAAGGAAAAGAGGAAACUAUGGAAGAGUGUUUUGAAUGGGCUUGAUCCUGUUGUGCAGAAGGAAUAUAUUAACCUAGCUAGCUCUAAGAAUCAUAAGAAAACUGGAAAGAAGGAAGAAUCUCCUCCAAUUCUCAACAAUAUACCCGAGGCUCAUUCGAAGGACAAGGGCAAUGGAUUAUUGAGUUUGGAGAGAAGUGGAAGUGAUGCUGCUUGCAGCUCUGUAGUUGGGGAUGGAGAUAACCAUCCAAUUGUUGAAGGAGAUUACAGUGAAGAUGAUGAUAGUGAUGAGGAUUAUGCUAGCAUUCAGAGACCUGCAUUUGCGGUCCAAGGAGAGCCCAACUUUGAUUCUGGUCCUCCAGAAGAUGGACUUGAGUAUCUUAGGCGUGUAAGAUGGGAAGCAGCCCGGAUUCCAAAAAUCAGAGUAGCCAAGCUUGAUAGAAGUAAAUUAAACAAAGAGCAGAGUGAGUAUAUGCCCAAGAUUCCAGAGAUUGCAAAGUGUCCAGAACAAUUGUUGCCUAUGAAGCAGUGGGAAGAUUCAUUUCUUGAUGAUUUUUCACAGCUUAGGCUGGAUUUGUCUCAUCUCGAGGAUUCCAGAGAUAUUGUAUCAGAAAUUUGUCCACAACAGCAAUCCGGGGGCAUUAUUUUGGCGAGCUUUGAAAAGUGCAGAACCAAAGUCCAGCCUGACCAGUCUCAUGAUUGUCUCAGCUCUGAAAAUACAGAUGAAUUGUUAUCCAACUUAUCCACUACUGUUGUUGAUGGUGAUGACGACGAUAAUAAUGUAUCAUCAGAAUCUGAAAAAUCAACACCAAAAUCAGUUGUAAAUGAAAAUUGCAACAACUACCCAUUGUUGUCUGUAAUAUUAAAGAUGGAUUCUGUAGCUCGAGUGGCGAUGUUGAAGAGAAGGAUAAGCUCUUUCGGUGGCACUAACACAUUCUUGAGGGAAGACUGCUUGUGGCUAUUUGCACUGUGUGCAGUAAUCGACACUCCACUAGAUGCAGACUCUAGUGCUUCACUGCGAAGCCUAUUGCGUAAGAGCGCUAAUCUGUUGGCCGGAAAGUCUGAGGUUGACGAUGAGGUUGUAAUGCUUAACAUUCUUGCAACAAUUUCGGGUCGAUACUUCGGGCAGUUAGAGAGCUGAACCAUGUAGGUGUAUCUCUUGUUUUGUUCAAAUAUUAGACACUAUUAUGUGCUAUUAUUUGUAAUGACACAAUUUGAAAUUGGUAGUGUGUAUUAGGAGGGAGUAUGUCUACCAUUACACUAUAAAGUCAAAAUACAAUUUUGUCCUUAGAUAUAAAAAAUCAAAAUUGAGAUUAGCUAGCCAAGUAGACUAAUGAAGAUUUUGAGAAAGGGUUAUUAGAAAUUCCAUAAUAUACUGUUUUUUUUUUUUGUAAA